CCUCGAUUGUUGGAGGUCUGAGUUGAAAGCCAGUGUGGGCGUUAGGACCAGGUUACCGGUAUCCGUGAGUUAUGUGCUUGGAAUGACACUCUCACGUCUUGUUUCUUGGCACCCGCACACACUGGUCUCUCUCCUGCUUCGAGUUUGUCGUUACUCCUUGUACCUAUCUUGGUUAUAACCACGCAGAAGCGGGCACUCCUUCCCAAGGGGGCAGCUCACCUUGAGGGCUGUUUGUGGAUAACUAAGACUAUAGGAAAUAAAACUGCAGAUAACAGGUUGGGUACUCCAGCUAGGUCUUCCCAUAUUAAUACCCUGACCGGCGCAGCCCCCCAAUGAGACAGAGGACGCUCUUGUGGGUAACAGCAUGGAAUGGUCGCCACAUGACUUACUUCUCAGUGCCCAGUAAAGACAUACAUCACUUUUCAGUCCAUUACCUGAUCAUUUAUCAAUUUCCAGCAAGUGCAAACAGGUAUCCUUUGGAAUAUACAGCAUUUCAAACAGCCUCUCCAGUCUUGUCAUUAUCACAGUUACAAGUUAGGAAGUUGAGACUGAGGUGGAGUCAACUGCCUCAAGCCAUGAUGCGAGUGUGCUGGUUGGUGAGACAGGACAGCCGGCACCAGCGAAUCAAACUUCCGCACUCAGAAGCAAUUGUGAUUGGGCGUGGCCCAGAGACUGAGAUCACUGAUAAGAAAUGUUCUCGGCAGCAAGUCCAGUUGAAAGCAGAGUAUAACAAGGGAUAUGUCAAAGUGAAGCAGGUAGGGAUCAAUCCCACCAGCAUUGACUCAGUCAUCAUUGGGAAGGACCAAGAGAUGAAGCUGCAGCCUGGCCAGGUUCUCCACAUGGUGAAUGAACUUUAUCCAUAUAUUAUAGAGUUUGAGGAAGAGGCAAAGAGCGCUGGCCUAGAAACACACAGAAAGAGAAAGAGGUCAAGCAACAGUGACUCUAUAGAAAGGGUUAUUGCUCAGAGAGCUGCCUCUGGGACAGGGCUUGAUCCUGGGAGCAGUCUGAGCCAAUGUUCUGUGCCUUCAAAGAAGGAGAAAGAUGCAUCCACCAAAAAGGAAUCACUGAACCACUGGAGUCAAGGCUUGAAGAUUUCUAUGCAGGAUCCCAAAAUGCAGGUUUACAAAGAUGAACAGGUGGUGGUGAUUAAGGAUAAGUACCCUAAGGCUCGUUAUCACUGGCUGGUCUUACCAUGGGCCUCCAUUUCCAGUCUGAAAGCUGUGACUAGAGAACAUCUUGAACUCCUGAAACAUAUGCACACUGUGGGAGAAAAGGUGAUUGCAGAUUUUGCUGGGUCCAGCAAGCUCCGCUUCCGAUUGGGCUACCAUGCCAUUCCCAGCAUGAGCCAUGUACACCUUCAUGUAAUCAGUCAAGAUUUUGAUUCUCCUUGCCUGAAAAACAAAAAACAUUGGAAUUCUUUCAAUACAGAAUACUUCCUAGAAUCACAAGCUGUGAUCAAGAUGAUACAAGAGGCUGGCAGAGUGACUGUUAGAGAAGGGACAUCUGAGCUCUUGAAGCUGCCUCUUCAUUGUCAUGAGUGCCAGCAGCUGCUGCCUUCCAUUCCUCAGCUGAAAGAACAUCUCAGGAAGCAUUGGACAAAGUGAUUCCACACAGCCUGAACUGCUGCCGCGAGCGUGGCCAAUUGGAGUGAAUUGCUGGCCUCCGUGCUGGGUUGCUUGCGAAUGUCUACUCAUUUCCUGAAUUAAAACAUGCUGCUGCAGGUUAUUUUUUUUAGCAGUUUAUUCUUGAGAGGCCACAAUGUGGGGUGACUCAGAAUAACUGAAGGGUUAGGAAUUUGUAAUUUGGGUUUUCCAUGCACGUGUUCUCUGGUAAGCACAGCAGGGAGACUCGUGAGCACCAUGUCCAGGACCCAUGUCAGUCUAGUGGUCAGCUGCAUUCAGACUUCCUGAUAGUGCAGGGCAUAGAAGCAGCAGGGUGGUGGUAUGAUUUUGUUCUCCUUCAGAGACACGUGAUAUCUUUUUAUCAAAGUGGCUAGAAUGAUCCCUUGUUUAUCCUAAAGGCUCUGAAGGGUUACAGUUCUUUGAUCUUAAUCUGUUUUGCAAUAAUCUGCUUCACUCCUUCAUGGGGAGGCUUGGUUUAUUCUGUCCCUUCUACUUCCUGCUAUCCAAGGUCACCUAAGUACUUUCCUCUCAGGAAGUUGUUCCAGUCAGUUCUUCACUGUGAGCAGUAAGGUUAGGUGACUUUGGUGAGUAGAGUUUUGUUUCAGUGUCAGAGGCUGAAGCUGGUGAGGCUGGUUGGGAUCUGUUGAUUGGAAAUAAAGUUCAUUAUGGGAGGCAUCACUUCAAGGUAGUUAAAAAUGGCUGGAAGGUCAGCUGACAUGACAAGAUUGGUUGUCACGCAUGAAAAUUUAUAUAGAACAGUUACAUCAAGUUGGUUUUUUUAAAAUAUCAAACUAAGGGGAAAUGUUGUUUUUGAUAUAUUUUGGGAUAGUUUUUACCUUUUCCCCUCUGUAAUCCUGGGGAUUGAACCAAGCAGGGCCUCUUGCAUGCUAGGCAAAUACUAUGGCACUGUUUUACAUCCCUAGCUAUUUGAAAAAUUUUAUUUUGAGACAGGUCUUGUAAAGUUGCUUAAGGUUGUCUUAAACUUGUGUCUUCCUGUCUUUGCUUGCCAAAGAACUGGGACUACAACUGUAUAGUACCUCACUUGACCUUGAUUUUCACUUCUGAGCUCUAAACAAAAAUAAUACCCUUAACCUGUCUGGAGGAAAAAAACCUCAGUCCAUAGAGACCCCAUUUGACCUCAUCUGUCACAAAUAAAAUGCCACAGAGGUUGUUCUUUGAGCUUGGGUACAGUAGUAAUUAGUAGUAAUUAAUGAUUAUAGAGCUGCUAUUUACCAAUUCUUAGAUGUUCAGCACUGUGCUAAACACUUUAGUUAAAUUCUUAUGUAAUUGUCACUGUACAUAACUAAGAGAUAGGUACUAUUUUUAAAUCCCUUUAAUUGAUGGGGACCUAAUACUAUUAUUUUUUGGGGAAGUACUGGGAAUCGAACUCAGGACCUUGUGCUUGCUUAUGCUGCUGAGCUAUAUCCCCAGCCCAAGGACCUAAUAUUUUGUUAAUGGUACUGCUCUCCAAAGGGUCUUGGUUCUGAUAUAUCAAAUUCAUUAUUUUCCCUAUCAGUUCAGUGCAUGAAGGGUAGGGCUAGUCAUCAAAUAUCAUAGAACUCAGGGCCUUGGGCUUGUGUUAGUCAAAAGCUUCUAUAGCACCUUACUGAUUUCCCUGAGGCCAGCUGCUCCUUUGAAGCCCUUCUUGCCUAUUUCUCAUUACCCAGCAUCUUUCAGAUCUGUCCACUUUCCCUUCUGUACUCCAGGAAUAUAAUAGUAACCUCAUCAAUCCACCUGCUUUAGCUUCUUUUCUCUGGCUUGACCCUGUACCUUUGAGCCUGGAUAAACAUUGUUUGAGCUUCUCUUGCAGUGGCUGUCCACUUACUCUGUGGCCUGAGGGCUUUUCCCUCAAUCCAGCGGUACAGAUUUGGAUUCAGACCUGUGUGCCAGAUCUAACUCUGCUGCUCAGAACUGAGGAGUCUUGGGGAGAAGUUCUGGAACUUCAGUAUUCACAUGUAAAAAUGGACAUAACAGAGCUGGGCUAUAAAAGUUCAGUAGAAUCAUCUAUGUAUGGUUUAGCAGAGUGUCUAGUAUAGAGAAGGUCCCUAUAAAUGCUAACUGGGAGCCCCUUUGCUUUUAUUUUGGUGGCAGUUGGGAAAGAGAAUUAACCUACUAGUUCUCUAUGUAUAUCUGAUGCCUUAGGGCUCUUAGACAUUUUCUAAACAUAUACUCUAUGAAUUCCAGAGAUUAGAAUAGUUGGUUUUCCUUUAAAAAGUGUAAACAUCUGGACUCUAUCCUAAAACUGCUGAGUCUCAAUCUUAGGGGCUACAAAUAGACAUUUGAAAACACUGAGGAGGAUUUGAGAACUAAAGCAUAAAAGAAUCUUUGGAUUCUAAGGACCCUGUACUUCUGAAACUUUUAGAUUUGGCUGUGGCCUCUCCGCACACAUGCCAUUGUCUGGUUGGCUGCCUGGGCCAUUUGCAGGCUUUCCUUCCCUCUGCAGGGUCAAGAUUAUAUUAGGAUCCAGGUGAGCUUAGUUGAAAGAGAGUGCCUGACUAUAACAAUGAGCACUUCCUUUCUACCAGGGUUAAGGGGGAGCUCUCGUGGUCCCAGGCUUUUGGGGGCCAGGUCUGGACAGAUGAUUGCUCCUCUCAGUAGCUCUCAUUCUCUCUCCCUGUCCAGAGGUCAGUUCGCUGCUUAGCCUGGGACCCAUGAUGAAUGCUGGCAGCCUUAGGCUCAGCAUAAUCAUUUUUUCUUCUUCAGGGGUCUUUCUCUGAGGUUUUUAGAUACAAGUGGUUCUUGCAGGGACCAGAUCAUACUUGAGAUGAUCAGUGAAGAGUUCUGCAGUUUCAGGGACGCUUUCUAGACCCUAGCAGCUGGCAUUCAGUCACACAGUGGACAUGGCUGAAUAUCAGAUUCUGGGCUUACCUGUUAGAGUGGACUGCUUCUCUCUGCUCCCAGCAGCUCUAACUUGGAUGCUUUCACAGGGUUCAGAAGAUAAUAUAAAUUAAAUUCGGCAACAAUGAACUGAAAAUCAUGAAGUCUGCUUUCCAGAAUAAAGUAUAUUUACAUUUUGUCUAUAUUAUCAGGGAGCUUAUUGUCAUUGAAACGCUUCCAUAGACUCCUUAGGUCUGUGAACCUCAAUUUAAAAGUUUCUAGAAAAAUACGUCAUCACUAUAAAUUUGGGAUGCUCAGGAUGUCCAGGGUCACAGUGGGUCACUAGAGGUAGAUCUCACCUUCAGGAUGUUUCUGGGAUGCUCUUUGAUCUUGACGUUUCUCUCUGUCUUUUGUUGUGUGGAUUUAUGGUUGGAGAUGGAGUUUCAGGCUGCUGGCUCAUGUUUAGCCUCCAUGCUUAAUAGUGUCUUGAGACACAAGGAAAUCUUCAGAGGAUCUGAGGCACUCAGAACCUUAGCUGGCAGACUCUUCAUGAGGUAUUUAAAAGAUAAUCAGUCUUUAGGAAGAUGAAUGUCCAGGGAGACACUCUGUCAUCUGCGCAGAUAGCUCAGCAGCACUGUGCCUGUUUCAGGACAGUGGGAGGGGCAGUACUUGGGGACAGCAUGUCAGGAGCACAAACUCUACCAAAGAUAGCUUGUAGCAGUGUGUACUGUUAGUUUAAGACAGAGAUCUUAACUGAGGCCACAGCCAAUGUCCUUGAGAAUUACAGAACAUUUAAUCAAACUUGAGAUAAAUUUCUCUCAGUGGCCUUUUAAAAAUAGUUGUUGCAAGAGCAUUAUAUUUAGCUUCCACCUUACUAACAAUGCUAUAAAAUUUAGCAUAUUAAAGUCAAAAUGAAUACUAGGAAUUGCAACCAAGGACAGACGGUCAGGCAGUGUACCAUGUGAGAUGUAAUGAAGAAAAAUUCAGGUGAGUGAGGUGACCACCUCUGUAUUCUUUGUUUAGCUUGGCUACUCAGUGACCUUGAAAAUUACAUGUUUUUAGAAGAAAAUAUAAUGACUUGGAGGGCCCAGAAAAAAGAAGUGAGAGACCGAGGUAUACAUUAUAUGUCUUACACCACUGUCUCCCAUGUGGGCUAUUUGUUAUCACUGAAAAUGUUCCUUUUCUAUACCUACUUGACCCAGACUUAUUGCUACAUUACAGUUGAUCGGUGGAGUCUUCUGAAGAGGAAGGGAGUACUGGUGGGAAAAGGGAGACCAAAAAGCAGUAAACACUUUUGUGAUAUCAUUCGUGCCAUUUCCUUUUUUUUUUUUUUUUUUUUUUUUUUGUCUUUUUUGAGACGGGGUCUCGCUGUGCAGUUCAGGCUGACCUUGAGCUCACUUUGUAGCCCAGGCUGCUCUCGAACUUGCAAUGAUCCUCCCACCUCAGCCUCUCGAGUGCUGGGAUUACAGGUGGGAGCCACCAUAGCCUGCUAUGCCAUUUCCUGUUAGAGGCCACCCUACAAGACUGCUUAUCAUAGUUGGGUCAUCCCACAGUUUUAUUAAAAUAACAAGUGGAGGCAGCCUCUCCCUCAACAGUGCGGCCCUGCUGCCUGGGGAAAAAAUGGGAAGGAGGCCAUGCUCCCCACUCCAUGGACAGCUGGCCUGCAGGGGUUGGGGGAGGGCUGGGAGGGAAGAACACGCCCUCUAAAAUCCCUGUUGAUUCAAAGAAACAGACUGAGAUGAUGACACCUGAACUAAAGAAACAACUUAACACUUGUAUUGAUUGACUUUGCAACCUAAAGCUGGUGGUUUGAGCUACAAUUUUUUAAAUUUGAAAAAUGAUAAAAGCAAGGAAAAUAAAACACAAGAAAACCAAUAAAAAAUAAACCAGUAAAAAUGAUACAGGACUUCAAAACCUUGUGAAACCAACAAUAGUUACCAUAAUGCCUUUUGUUGUUUUCAAAAUAGCUGUAGAUACUUUCAGACAUAGUAAAAAUCGAACAGAUCAGUAUAGAAUAUAAACAAUAAAACUGAAACAGUGAAUGCAAUAAAGGACUUCAAAACAAGCCACCAGUAAAUCAAAUAUGGCCACCAUAAUGUGUUUUGUUAUCUUUGAAACAGCUGCUCCUACCAUCAGAUUUAACAUAAUCAAACAAAACAAAAGAGAAUAAAAUGCAGCCCGGCAAAACAAUGAAGAUGAUACAGUUUCCCUGUUGGGAUCACUUCUUGGUGAGGCCUGGAUCUCCCCCACAGUCCGCAAGUGGCACGGACUUGGAGAGAGGCUUAGGGUGGCUGUUCCCAUUCCGGCACAAGCUGGAGCACGGUGUUCUGAGCAGCUAUUUAGAGGAUAACAGUGUACAGUAUGCUAACCAUUGUGGAUUGUCUCCAGUCUUAUCACUUUUGUUGUUCUGUUUUAUUCCCUUUAAAAAAAAUAAGAAGUGGCUUCUGGGAGGUAGGGCUAUGGGCUGGUGGGGCUGUAAAGACACAGGAUAAGGAAAACCCCUCUGGAAGUGAUAACACAGUUCUGCAUUACUACAGUAGUGAUCACAUGAAUUUGUACAUGUGCUGAAACAGCACAGACCAUUCUAUUCCUGCCUUUAAAAAACUAUACUAGUGCAUGUGAAACACUGAAGCAGUUCCAAUAUGACUUGUAAUGGGUUAACAGCAUUGUGCUAACGUCUGUUUCCUAGGUUUGAGAAUUAUGUUACUGUUGUUUAAGGUGUUACCACUGGGAGGAGCUGGAGGAAGGCUACAUUGAUCUCUCUAUGUUAUUCUUGCAACUUCAAUGUGAAUGUAAAGUUCUUUGCUCAAACAAAAGAAAAUUUAAAUAACAAAAGUUAAAUUUUAUUUUUUCCAAAAUAAAAUCUUUUAAGAAGACAA